AGCGCAGAAGCUACUUUUGCCUCCCUACUCCUUCCAUCCUUAUAAUCUCUCAGAAUCACUGUCCUUAUCUUUGAGAAAUCAAAGUGCCAGAUGAAUGGAGAAGGGCUAAUAUUGUCUCUAUCUUUAAGAAAGGAAAAACAGAACCUGAGAAUUACAGACCAAUCAGUCUGACACCAGUUCCUGGGAAAAUUCUGGAGCAAAUCAUGAAGUAGAUCAUGCAAAUACCUUGAAAACAAUGCAGUAAUUACUAGAUGCUAACAUGGAUUUCUCAAGAACUAUUCCUACCAGACUAAUCUGAUUUUAUUUUUUGAAUGGAUAACCUUCCUGAUGAACUGUGGGAACGCUGGGGACAUAAUCUAUCUUGACUUCAGUGAAGCUUUUGACAAAGUGCCCCAUAAUAUCCUGAUUAGUGGAUGGAUGGAACAACUAUCAGGUGGAUCCACAAUUUUCUACAGAAUCAGACUCAAAGAGUGCUCAUCAAUGGCACCUUCUCAAACUGGGGAGCGAAAAAAAGUGGGGUACUGCAAGGCAAAUGGUGGCUCGAAGUUUGUUGGACACUUUGAAAGAAGUGAGUGAUGAUGAGCGAGAUUGUAUUGCUGUACUGGAAAGAGUCAGCAGGCUAGCAGAUGAUUCAGAACCAACAGUACGAGCUGAACUGAUGGAACAGGUGCCUCAUAUUGCUAUGUUUUGUCAAGAAAAUAGGCCUUCAAUCCCUUAUGCUUUCUCAAAAUAUUUAUUACCCAUUGUGGUGAGAUACCUUGCAGACCAGAAUAACCAGGUGAGAAAAACAAGCCAGGCAGCAUUACUUGUUCUGCUAGAGCAAGAACUUAUUGAACGAUAUGAUGUUGAGACCAAAGUAUGCCCAGUUCUUGUAGAACUGACUGCUCCAGACAGCAAUGAUGACGUGAAGACAGAAGCUGUGGCAAUAAUGUGCAAAAUGGCCUCUAUGGUAGGAAAGGACAUCACAGAGAGGCUCAUUCUUCCUAGAUUUUGUGAGAUGUGCUGUGACUGCAGAAUGUUUCAUGUCCGUAAGGUCUGUGCAGCCAAUUUUGGUGAUAUCUGUAGUGUAGUUGGACAGCAAGCCACUGAAGAAAUGCUGUUACCUAGAUUUUUCCAACUUUGUUCUGAUAAUGUUUGGGGUGUACGGAAGGCAUGUGCUGAAUGCUUUAUGGCUGUUUCAUGUGCCACAUCACAGGAGGUCCGUCGAACAAAAUUGUCAACACUUUUUAUUAACCUUAUCAGUGAUCCUUCACGAUGGGUCCGCCAAGCUGCCUUUCAGUCCCUGGGGCCUUUUAUAUCAACAUUUGCUAAUCCAUCCAGCAGUGGUCAGUUUUUUAAAGAAGAAGAAUGUAAGAACACUGAGGAUCAACAUUUUGCAGAAGAACAUAGCAAUGAAAGAAUUGUGGAUACAGACAGUGUCCCAACACAGGAUGUACAAAGCCAGACAGAGUUGCCUUUAGAUGUUGGUAAUAGUGCUUCUGCAGAGACCCUUGAAAACCGCAAGGACGAGAGUAGCUCCAUGUUGGUUCAUUUCCAAGCUGAGACAACUUUAUGUGGCACUUUGUCUCCAGAUUCAUGUAAAGAAACUCCAGAUGAAAACGCACAAAGUUUUGAUCAUUGUAGCAUAGCAUCUCUUCCAGCAACUGCACUGAGUUUCCAGGUAAACUCCGUUUCAGAACAGGAACUGUACAACUCAUUCCAUUUCUGGAGGACUCCACUUCCCAAGAUAGAUAUUGAUUUAGAGCUUCAGGAAACUGCAAGAAUACUUGAUUCAGAAACUCAGGAAGGAGAACAGGAAGUUAUUGCAUCAGCUUCUUCAAGCAUUACCAUGGCUACAAGAAAGGAGUUGGAAGAAAUGAUAGAAAAUUUGGAGCCUCAUAUGGAUGAUCCAGAUGUUAAAGCACAAGUGGAGGUGCUUUCUGCUGCCCUCCGGGCCUCAAGUCUGGACCCAUUGGAGGAGGCUUCUGCGGGCACUGGGAGGUCAGCAGAUUGUCCAAAUGAACUGACCAUCAAAGACCAGCUGAAUUGUAACUUAAAUCAGGAUGAUACAGUGCCUUUAAUCAAUGAUGCUGUUGAGGACAUUGUAGAAUCUGCUCUACGUUAUAUUCAUAAUGAUUCUGACUUAAGCACUAAUAGUAGUUUCAGCCCUGAAGAAGAAAAAAAAUCUAAGAUUCAGGACAUCGUACCUCAGGCCUUGCUGGACCAGUAUUUGUCCAUGACUGAUCCUUCUCGAGCUCAGACUGUUGAUACAGAGAUUGCAAAGCAUUGUGCCUACAGCCUUCCAGGUGUGGCACUUACCUUAGGUAGACAGAACUGGCACUGCCUGAAAGAUACUUAUGAGACUCUAGCCUCUGAUAUGCAGUGGAAAGUUCGAAGAACAUUGGCAUUCUCUAUACAUGAACUUGCAGUCAUCCUUGGAGACCAGCUUACAGCUGGUGAUUUGGUACCAGUCUUCAACGGCUUCUUAAAAGACCUUGAUGAAGUCAGGAUUGGUGUGCUGAAGCAUUUGCAUGAUUUUCUGAAGCUUCUACACCCAGAUAAAAGGCGGGAGUACCUUUACCAGCUUCAGGAAUUCUUGGUCACAGAUAACAGCAGGAACUGGCGUUUCCGAGCAGAACUUGCUGAGCAGCUGAUUUUGCUUCUAGAUUUGUAUAGUCCCAGGGACAUAUCUGAUUACCUGCGACCUAUUGCUCUCAACCUUUGUGCAGACAAAGUUUCCUCUGUUCGCUGGAUUUCCUACAAGCUGGUUAGUGAAAUGGUAAAGAAGCUAUAUAAUGCUCCAACAUCAACAUUUGUGAUAAACCUCAUGAAUGAAUUGGUCGAAAAGUUCUGCAGAUGCCAAAAGUGGUCUGGCCGACAAACAUUUGUCUUUAUUUGCCAGACUAUUAUAGAAGAUGACUGCUUGCCAAUAGACCAUUUUGCAGAGCAUCUAUUGCCCCAUUUGCUGCACUUGGCCUCAGACAGAGUUCCAAAUGUUAGAGUCCUACUUGCAAAAACAUUAAGGCAAACACUUCUAGAGAAAGAAUAUUUUCUAAUGUGUGUCAAUUCCCAUCAAGAAGCAGUGGAACAGACAAUUGUGGCUCUCCAAAUGGAUAAUGACAACGAUGUAAAAUACUUUGCAAGCAUCCACCCUGCCAGUACUAAAAUUGCAGAUGAUGCCAUGAGCACAGCCUCUUCAACUUACUAAAGUAAUCCCUGAAUGUUACUAUAAUUUUAAUUAAAAAAACAUAAUAAAAAUCCAGGCAAUCCUCAAGUGCUCCUAAAAUGGAUUACUGAGACCUUUUUCAAGGAGAGAAUCUCUUGCCAGAUUUAACUUCAGUUGGAUGUUAUUUAAAAACCUAAGACCAAGAAUUUAGAGAGUCAAGAGGAAAAAAAAUAAGUAUUAUCUGUUGAAUCCUGACUCCAGAAAAACUUUGCUCAGAGGAUUGUAUUUGCCACCGGAGCCUUAAAUCUUCUGUCUUCCUGAAUAUGUGAAACUUGAAUGGGCUGAGCAUUUUCAGUGUAGAAGGGAUAUAAUUUCAAGAGACCAGAAUUUGUUUUCUCCUGAGGAAUUCACUUAGGAAAUAUUUUUCCCCCCUUAGGAACUGAUAGCUGAAAUUGUCAUAGCCUCUGAAGGCAGAUUUCUAUCAAGAAGCAAGAGACACCUCCAGUAUUAGCUAUUAAAGUUUUUAUCCUUGAAAAGACUUAAUUUGUGUGCAGCUGGGCACAUCCUUAAGUGUGAAUAGUUUUGAUGCGUGUAAAUGAGGGAAAAGUAGCGAUUUGGUGUUUGUUUUCUCACCUAAGGGCUCAGUGCUAACACUAUACCAGAAUCUGAUUUUAAUCCUUAAAACAGCAUAUUGCUGUAUCCAUGAGCAGAAAUCUACACUGAGUACUUGUGUCCUGAUGUUUUUUUUCAUGCUGGUCAUGACCUGAAGGAAACCUAUUAGCACAUGUACUUCAAGUCAGGUAUUUUUAACUUGAUCAUGAACUUUUUCUUCAUAUACUGUACAUAUCUGUGACCACUCUUGGGAGUGCUGCAGUCUUUAAUCAUGCUAUUUCAAGCUGUUGUGAUAAAAUGUUCUCUUCCUUGUCCAAAUAAAAAAAGUAUUCGUAAGAGUGAAUGAAAUCUCAUUUUCUUAAUUCUAUAUAAAAGUUUGCAAAUAUAUAAUGAUUUUAUAAAGUUUCUCCUUUUCUGAUCCUGAUAAUGGUGUGUGCCUAAAAUUGUGUUUAAAUUAGCAUGAUAAAUUCAGUCUGUUUUAAUGUUAGUUCAUGUUUUUUCUAAGUAUGAGAAGUAGAUAUCCUGGUUCAGUUAAAAAUUGUACAAACAGUUCUGAAAGUUUAAUCUAGGACUCAUAAUAAGAAAAAAAAAACCCUGUAUUUAUUCACUAGUCAUAAUAAAAAGUCCAGCUUGUGACUUCAGCUUUUGCCUCCUGGAUAUGCACAAAUGACUUUUAUUUAGAUUGUGGCAGAUGUAACUGUACACCUAAGCACAGAGUUAAGAUGGCCUCUAAAAUCAUUGCAUUAACGCUACUUAACAAGGCCUGAAUCCUUAGGCCAUGCUCUUUCAUUGCCUUGCCCUUUGCAAAUGUUUGCUGGCCACUAUCUUCUUUGUAUGUAUUUUUGUACAUCCAAACAUAUGUCUAUGCACACUCCCAUAUCAAUGCGCUAGUCAGAUAAAGCUUUUACAUCAGGUGCAAAAUCUAGAACUCUUGAGAAGGGAAAAUUCUGGGUUACUGCCUGAGUCUUGAAAAAUGGCUGUAUGGUCAACUUGUUUAAAUGCUGUCAUUUUCCAUACAUUUUGAAAGUUCUCCCUCUAGCAGAUAUACCUACUUUCAUCCAAGCUAGUUUCUUAUAACACUUGGAUUUCCGUAUAGGAGGAAGGCUGGAUUGAAAAGCACUUCAUAAAAUGUGAACAGUGUCACAUGGGCUGUUCCAGUUCUCCAAAUCUCAUGCGGACUUCUGGUGUUUAUCCAUGAUAAUGGCUUGCUGUUUCGAUCGCAGAAGUCGGCUACACAUUACCACCCAUGCAGUGUACCCCUGUCCCUUUCCUAGUGUCCUUUGUCUUGUGUGUAUAAAGCUGAUGCUUCCGCUGUGCUCAAAUGCUCUUUUAGUGUUCUGCUGUUAGUUCCUUUAUUAUUUCAUAGACAUUGGGUGGAAUGGCUGUUUGUAUUUAUGUCCUGUUCUUCCAUGGCGUUUACUGUACUUUCUCACUGAAGGAACCAACCAAAUCUAUAUCUGCUUCACUUCAGCAACACUGUGCCAUGAGACCACUCAUUGCACCCACUUUGGCUUGUGACUAGGAUACAAGCUUGAACUGUACUCUGUUCUCACAAAAAGGUUAGAAUAAAAUGGACAAUGAUUAA